UAAGUCUAAGCGCAAUAGAAAAAUCAAGCAGGAAGCUAUUUUCAUCAUGUGUCAUUUAUGUCACGCUUAUUAUUUCUAUGGGUAGAUACGAUAGUAAGAAAAGGAUAUAAACGAAUAUUGUCUCUAGCUGACCUUCCUGUACUUAUGAGAGAAUUACAAUCUCGAGUUGUUUGGCUGAUUUUGGAAAAGAAUUGGAAUAACCAACUAAAAAAAGUUGGACUUUUUGGAAAACUGCAUAUGUGGAAACCAGGAAACGUUGCGGAGGAAACGAGACCAAUUGAUCUAAAUGAAAAUAAAACAUCCCUGUCAUUAGCUCUCUUCAAGAGCUUUUGGCCUUAUGCAUUCAAAGGAUUUAUGCUUGACCUCAUCUACUGUGUUUUGAGGUUAACCCCAGCACUAAUUUUGAACUUCUUGAUUGAAUUUGUAUCCAGUGAUGAGCCAAUGUGGAGAGGUUUACUCUAUGGCCUUUUGCUUUUUUUCAAUACUGUUCUGGGAAACUUAAUGUUCAUGCAUUUUGUUUAUUUUGUCUACAUUGCUGCAUUGCAAGUAAAAUCUGCUUUGAUAGCUGGGAUCUAUCGAAAGGCAUUGCAUAUGUCUAGUGAUACUCGUCGUCAGUACACAGUUGGAGAGCUUGUUAAUUUUAUGGCUGUUGAUGCUGAAAAAGUUUUCAAUGUUGCUCUUUUCGUAACUUUAAUAUGGGGUGCUCCUAUAAGAAUCACUCUUGCUAUGAUUCUUCUGUGGCAGUACAUUGGACCAGCCUGCCUUGCUGGAGUGGCCACGCUUCUUAUAAUUCUUCCAUUGUCAAUAAUAUUGUCACAGAAAGCACAAGUUAUUCAGGACAAACAGAUGGGUUUGAAAGAUUCAAGAUUGAAAUUUAUGAAUGAAAUACUCUCUGGAAUUAAGGUAUAA